AUGUUUUUGUCUUACGAAAUAUUUGCUGCCUUCGGUGUAUCUGCGCUGGUAUCAUUCUUCGUGUCAGCGAGCUUACUCCUCACCAUUGCAUCUAAAAGCGGUAUGUUGACGCCCAGAAGGAAAGGAUUGCAGGAGAGCAAUGGAAACGAGACCCUGAUGGCUCACGCACCAGAAAAACCCACACCCAGUGCACCAGAGCUUGCUCUACUCACUCAAUAA